AUGGAAGACCUUAGCGGGUGUUGGCUGAGGCUGAGAAAGUAUUGUCAGAACUUCAUUAGUGUUCGCACUAGUGAUGAGUAUUCUGAUUAUCUACACAAUUGGAAUGGCGUGAUUCGAAGCAAGAACUUCAUCAAAGAGCAUCACCAACGCGCGAUCGAUUCCAGCAAUGAGGGCAACGACUAUACCCUCUUACGCGACGGUGUUGGUCAGUUCUACUCAAAGAGUAGGGCAUACCUUUUAACUCCUGAUCCCAUCGGAGACAGGACUGGAUCCCAUUUUCAAUAUUCUUUCAUGACAUAUAUUGAGCUUAAACGCACGCGCAGCCUCUUUUUGUGGAAUCCAACGAUAGCAAGACACAUAAGAAUAACACCAUGGGAGGACGCCGACGGAACUCUUCCUCUGGUUCAUGGGGUAGGUUAUCAUUCUGAUGAAGAUGACUUUAAGCUGUUAACUCUGAAGGAGUUACGAGUUAACUGUAUGGAGUUACACGUUUACAGCGUAGGAUCCUCCAUAUCUAAAAGAGUAGAAAAGCUACCACCUAAGCUCAAUAUUCUGCCUUCUCAAAUGGGGAUGGUGUCACUGAACAAUUCUCGUGUAGCUUGGCUGAUGAAAGAAGAGGCUAGUACCUUUGUUGUGACUUUUGAUCUGAUCAAAGAGGACUAUCAUGCUUUUCCUGUCCCCGUUGAGGUUGGUGAUAAAGGGGAACUGAUGGUGUUCGGAGGGUCGUUGGCUAUUUGGCGCAAUACAGAUUUUUAUACAGAUGUCUGGUUUACGAAGGAUUCUCAUUCUUGGUGUAUGAAGGUAUCUACUGAGAAGAGUUGUCAGCCUAUAUUUUUUAUGGUGUGA